CUAUGUCAAUGAGGAAGCAAGUGUCUUAAAUUUCGAACCAGAUCCGGUGACGUCUCCGACUGAUCCAGCGGACAGUGGCGAAGAUAUUGAAAUACCUGCGCUCAACAUGGAAUGCGGACAGUUUAAUGAAAACGGAUUGGAAAUAGACAUACUCAACAAUAAUGACUCCUUGGCACAGUAUGGCGAAUUCCCUUGGGUGGUUUACAUAAUGAGUGGUGAAAAACAAAAUCCAUCCCCUGCGAGUAGUAACUUUGUCUGUGGCGGUACUUUGAUUCAUCCUCGGUUUGUGGUAACAACGGCUCACAAUACGGAUGGCAAAUCGAAUUUGAUCGCACGUUUCGGCGAAUGGGACAUUAGCACCACAAAGGAACCAUACCCACACAAGGAUAUCAGCGUCACGGAGAUCAUCAAACAUCCCGACUAUGUGCACAUACCCAUACAGAACGAUAUAGCCCUGUUAUGGCUUGCGGAAAGCGUGCAAUACCAAAAGCAUAUUCAACCAAUAUGUCUGCCGCAACCUAAUGAUCAGUUCGUAGGCAAACGUUGUAUCUCCAACGGUUGGGGCGAGCAGCGUGGAGUGUACGCGAACGUGAUGAAGAAAAUAACGCUUCCGGUUAUUGCCAACGACGAGUGUAACCGGAUGCUGCGCCUUGCUAAACUUGGACCAUUCUUUUUACUUCGGCAUGGUUUCAUCUGUGCUGGUGGUGAAGCCGGUGUCGAUAUGUGCAAAGGUGACGGAGGAUCACCACUGGCGUGCCAAACUGACACGGGAGCUUUCGUACUUGCUGGGAUUGUUUCGUGGGGUAUUGGAUGUGAAGGACAUAAUGCACCGGGUGUGUACGUUGCAGUGAACCAUUACGUAGAUUGGAUCAAUGAAUAUCUCACGAAACAUUCUAAAAAUAUUGGUAUUAAGUUGUAAAUCGACGGAAGUGGA